UUUGUUUGCCAGAGCAUCCCUCACAUUGCUAUGUGCCUGACUGGAGACAGUACCCGCUAGCACCUAGUUUAUAUGAAGACAGAGAGUGUUUACUUCCUAAACACUGUGGACUUAGGAGUUGGAAGCAAGUGAAAAGGGGUAGUUUGAUUUGCAACAACGAUGACCUCCGGCAUUCUUGUAGCUAUUAAUUCCUUGCAGUGCAUUUCUGGCAUGCCUGAUGGUAAGAAGUCCAUAUGAGCCAGGGGAGUCUCAUUAAAACCUCCACUGUAAAGAGCUUUUAUUGUGGGCUGAAACUCGAGAGCUGUGAGUGGUUACCUGAGCUCCAAAGGGAUGACUCUCCGCAGGCCAGCUGACCACCAACGAAGAGCUCAGAGCUGGAGGAGAUCAGGAGAUGAGUCCUACUGGGGGAGCUUAUUAACAGAGGGUGAGGCUUUGCCCCGUGUUUCUCUCCCUCCACGUGCACCUCGGCCCCAGAGUGCCAUUGAAGGACACCAGCUGGACGAUUGGCUGGAGCACCUGCAGAGGAUAGAGAGCAAACUUCUCAGAGCCCCAGUUCAUGGUCAAGUUCCAGCUUUCAGGGACUGGACAACAUCCAUGCCUGCUCUUGACAAAGUGGCAACCGGACGUGCCUGGAGACAGCCGGGGAUUCCUUCCUUUAGCAGGGGUUUGUCUUCAUGUGGAAGUCCCAGCCUAUGUGAGAGCUCUCUGGGCAGCCAGGAGUCCCUCCAAACUGGGUUUCUUUCUCCUCCAAAGCACAGUGAAAGCUGGGAGAGAGCUCAUAUGAUGCAGGCCCCAAGGAAGGAGCAGGCUCAACUCAGUAGUCUUUCUCCAGUCAAAAUUGGGUGGCUGCCAAUCCAAAGAAGAGUGAUGAUGGUCGGUGAUGCUUGCAACCAAAGCCAGUUUUUGGACCACUCUGGUCCAAAAACACUCCAGGUGAAAUUGAAACAAACCAUCACUCCAACAGUUCAGAAGAAUCUAGCAGCAGCAAACAGGCACCAGGAUGGUGAGGUGGAGAGAAGUCAAAGUGCUUUAGGUGCGAAGACGUGGCAGACACCCGAUCAAGGCUCUUCUAAUAUUAAACAGGGGCCAGAAAAACAAAGCUUUCCUGCGAACGAAGGCUACAAACCUGUAGGUUGGCAAGCUCUGAGGAGAGGUUGGAAUACCAACAGGGUGUCAGCUUUCCUUGAAGGCAAUCAGUCCAAUGAGAUCCCCACAGGCACCAGCUCAGACCCCAACAGGAAGUCCUCUGUGAUGAAAACAACCAGCACAGUGCCCCUCGAGCAUGCUCCUCUUCAUCAAACAACUGUUGCCGAUCCUUUCAAACCCUCACACACUCUGCUGCAAAGGACAAACAGCACAGAUACAAACAAAACACAUAUGCCUUUGCAUAGAACAGGCAGUGUUCAGCCUAUGAGGGCAACAGCCCCGCCGUGUAGAACGAAUAGUAUCUCACAGCCUUCACACAUACAGACAAACUCCGCUGUGACUACACUCAUACCUCAGAACAAGGCUGGCUUCUCCUCUAUCACCAUCUCAUCCAGGAAACUGAGCAGAUCACUCAGUAGUUUGCCUGGCCCAAACACCUGCAACCACUCUUCCCAAUCCAGUGAAUUCGCUUCUUCUCCAACAUCCCACCAGUCCAUGGACCCAAACGCCAGGCAGGUCACAGUGCAGAGGAAGGCCACUAUAGUCAAAGUGACCGAGCAAAGGAUGGUGUCCAGCUCAAGCACAAAAAGGGCCGGGACCCCAGCAACUAGUCCUACUUUGGACACAGUGGUCCACAGAAGAAAGCCUACCAUGAUCAAAGUGACAAAGCACAACGAAAGCUACGAUCCAGCCAAGGCAGGGUCUGGGACGAGGCACCCAGAGUACAGACACAGCUACACAGAGGGAGUGUACAAGGAAAACAGCACGUGGAGUCCUGGAAACCAUUUACAACACAAUGCAGCACCUUCAUAUCACCAUCUGGAUUCCACAAUGGAGCCAAACUCAACUGAAGCACCAAAUCCAUCCACUGCAGAUCCAGAGAAAAAUGGCAGAACACUACACAGAUCCACACUGAGUCUUUUUGUGAGCAACCUCCCUGCUAUAGCAGCACCCGCUCCCUCAGAGGUUUCUCCAAAGGUUUUUGGACAGAGAUCGGACAGGCCGCACAGGCCACUCAGCUGCUACGGCAAUAUGUUUGGACACACUGAGCCAAGCAAGGAGAAUGGGACAGAACCAGCCGCCAGUAAAUGGAGCUUUGAGCAACCACAAGAGACUGAUAUCAACCCUGUGAACUCCGACAGUAGUUUCAUCAGCCGCCGAACAGCAGCAAAAGAAACAGGUCAGCUAGUGGCAGACACGUUAAAGCCAGACGGCCAGAAAAAAAGAUUGCUGCCAGAGAUUGCAGUGAGGAGAGCAUCCCCCUGUCUAACUCUCAUCAAGGCUCCAGAUCCCCGUUCACAUCAGUCUCAAGAGGAAGUGCUUGCCCUCAAUGCAGCUGCCAUCAUAGCAAACAUCAAACUCCAAAGACAACUUAGUAAGAAGAAGUCAUCAAAUGGCAAUUGUGAGAAGGACAUCGCUGCAUCACCCCAGGGAAAUACUGUUGUGACAGAGGACAGGGAAUGUAUGAAGCCACACCCAGAUCAAGGAACAGUCCAGGGCCACAACCAGCCUCAUGCUCCAUUUGUUCCACUGAGCCCUGACCCCCAAACUCUUUCUCUACAGGAUGCACUGCAGCGGUGCAGGCCAGACUUCAUCAGUCGUUCCAAGAGCAGAUUGAGAGAGCUGGAGCUAAGAGCACAGGAGAGGAGGGAUCUGGCUGAUUCGGUAGACCCCCGGUCCGAUGCUGCUCUUCGGCAGAGGAGAGCCCACAGUGCCCAGUGUACCUCUCUGAACGAUAACCUUUUCAAACCCAGGGACAGAGCCAUUACUGGGAAAGAAAUGCAGCCGAGCUCUAAGCGUUCGAAUGCUGAGAUGAAAAAGAAAAAAACGGAAGAAAAGAAGAGGGAGACGUGUUUGAGCAACAGGCAGCGAGUUGAACUUUUUAAAAAGAAACUGCUGGCUCAGCUUCUUCAAAAGAGCAACAGCUGAAAAGACUGACAAGAGAUGAUGAUGUUGACAUGACAGAGACUGUAGCAUUGCACAACAGAUGAACUUUGACCUUCGAUAGUGCUGAAUAUGAGUUAAACUAUCAGUGUAGGUCAUGAUAUACCUCUAGCUAUCCAUUAGCCCCUGUUUGUUUCCCUCAUGUGUUAACAUUACUCAUUAUUCAAGUUACAGAGCUUACC